UGAUCCUAGAUUAGUAACCCUUAUGCUGGCUGUGCUCCUCCUUUAUGCUCACACCUUUGUUUUAUCUCCGUUAUAAACUGGUCAGACUUCCACAGGCAGCUGGAGUUGAUCACACAUCACCAUGCUUGUCUGGAUACUAGUGUUUGCCGCGGUGGGUCUUCUCGUCCUAUUUUUCCGCAAUCCGCACUUUUUCCAGGAUGUCCAAUUCGUGCGUAAAAAGUUGAAAACGAGGAGCCGCAUCCUGAAAUACAUGCAGACCAACUACUCCUUACUGGAUCGGUUCAUAGACGCAGAGAAGGAGCAUCCACACAAGCCGUUCAUCCUGUUUGGAGAUGAGACCUUUACCUACCGGGACGCGGAGGAGCUCAGUAACAAGGCGGCCCGGGUGUUACUGCAGAGUGGCCUGCUGAACCAAGGAGACACGGUCGCGCUGUUCCUCGGAAAUGAGCCCGUGUUUCUGUGGCUGUGGCUGGGUUUGGUGAAGAUCGGAUGUUCCGCUGCUUUCCUCAAUAGCAACAUCAGAUCCAAGUCCCUGUUACACUGCUUAAAGUGCAGCGGAGCCAGGACUCUGGUCGCUGCGGAAGAGUUACAGGAUGCUGUGGAUGAGGUCUUGCCUGCUCUGUUGGAGCAGCAGGUCACUGUGUUCAUCCUGACUGACAGAUGCCAGACUGCAGAUGUGAAGAGCUUCAAAGAUAAAAUGAGCCAGGCCUCCUCUGAGCCGCUGCCCAAGGAUUUAAUGUCACAUUUAACCCUGCGGAGUCCAGCAGCCUACAUUUACACAUCCGGGACAACAGGUUUCCCUAAAGCAGCUGCGAUCUCUCAUGCCAAACUGUGGCAAUUAGCCUGCUUCCCGUCUCUAGCAGGAAUGAACUCUGAUGAUGUGAUUUAUAUCUGCCUCCCACUUUAUCACACCACCGGCUUCCUUGGAUUUGCUUCAGCUAUUGACAGAGGUAUCACAGUGGCUUUGAGGAGUAAGUUCUCUGUGUCGCAGUUCUGGAACGACUGCAGGAAAUAUGACGUCACCGUCAUACAGUACAUAGGGGAAAUCAUGCGUUACUUGUGCAACACACCAAAGAAACCUAAUGAUCGAAGCCACAAAGUGAGACUUGCAAUAGGCAACGGGAUCAGAGCCGAUGUUUGGAGGGACUUCAUCAGCAGGUUUGGAAACGUUAAAAUCAGAGAGUUUUAUGGAGCGACUGAAGGGAAUUUUGGUCUGAUAAAUUACAGCGGCAAGAUCGGGGCUGUGGGCCGAGACUCCUUCCUCCAUAGGAGAUACUUUCCACACGCUGUGAUCAAAUUCGACGUUGAAACAGAAACACCUCUGAGGGACUCCUCUGGUUUAUGCAUAGAGGCUGCCAAAGGUGAGCCUGGACUCUUGGUUUCUCAAAUAUCCUUGAUGGCUCCGUUCUCGGGGUAUAUGGGAGACCUGCAGCAGUCUGAGAAGAAGAGGCUGCAUGACGUCCUGAGGAAAGGAGACUUGUACUUCAACACUGGUGACCUGCUGCGCAUUGAGGAGGAUAACUUCGUCUACUUUCAGGAUCGAGUGGGAGACACUUUCAGAUGGAAAGGGGAGAACGUGGCUACAACUGAGGUGGCUGACGUGAUCACGAUGCUUGACUGCAUUAAAGAAGCCAACGUUUAUGGAGUGGAAGUGCCAGGUCAUGAGGGGAGAGCAGGAAUGGCUGCCAUUAACUUAACUGAAGGACUCAGAUUUGACUCGGCAGCUGUUUUCAAACAUGUUGAAAACUUCCUGCCGGCCUACGCAAGGCCACGAUUCCUGAGGAUUCAGAGCUCCUUUGAUGUUACAGGCACAUUUAAGCAUUUGAAGAUGAAGCUGGUGGCGGAGGGUUUCAACCCAAAUCAAAUCACCGACCCGCUCUACUUUCUGGAUGAAAAAGACAAGAGUUAUGUCCCACUUACCGUGGACACAUUUAACUUGAUCACCUCAGGCCAGAUCAAAAUGUAAAGUCUUCACCUGAUGCAUUGUCACAUAUCAGCCACCUCUGAUGUCCAGUGGAGUCUUGCGAUUUUAUCAUAUUGGUUCAAAUGUGUACUUCUACUUUUUCAGUAAUUUCAUGUUUAUUACUAUUUGACUUAAAUCCUCCUGUAAAAAGCCUGUUUGAGCUGAGAUGAAAUGUUAUAGUUUUUUUGUGUGAAACAGAGCUGAUUCAAACAGUGACGUGUGGACCAUUCUGGUCAAUUGAGGCCAUUGUAUGUGUAGGAGCUGGACACUCAGCAUGUAAACAACACAUUUCUUCUUGUGUCAUUGUUGACUUCUUGUUGUCCCCCUCUUUAGGGAUCCAUUUGAGGAACAUUUAUUUAUGUUUCUGAUAAUUUUAUGAAUUAAAUUCUACUUAUUUUCUAUAAUUAAA